AUGGGUCGGUUAACCGUUCCCCUCCACCCUUCACCUGCACCCCUUUUCAAGGAGAAAGGGAUUGACGCCGUUUCUGGACGCUCCCUCUCGUUUAGUCAGAUUAAGGACAAAACUCGACGAUUCAGCUCUGCCUUGGUCAAAAGAGGAUUUAAAAAGGGAGACGUCCUUGCCAUUUAUCUCCCAAAUCUCAUAGAAUACCCGAUCAUUUUCCAUGGCGUGGCAUGUCUUGGUGGCGUCAUCACCACUGUUAACCCACAAUACUCGCCCCAGGACCUUGCUCGUCAGCUGAACAUCUCACGAGCAAAAUAUCUCGUGACCAUCCCCUCUCUUGCAGUGCAGGCUUUCAGCUCUGGUACGUUGAAGGGAAUUCGCUCCGUGUUUGUCAUCGGUGAAGCUCAAGGCUGCGAGUCGAUUUCUGCUCUUCUGUCAGAUGAUGGAGAUGCAUUUCCUAAAAUAGUGAAAAUCAACCCAAAAGAAGAUGUAGUGUCUUUGCCAUUUUCAAGUGGAACGACGGGUAUUUCCAAAGGUGUUAUGAUUACACACUACAACCUGAUAGCGCAACUUUGUAUCGUGACCAAACAGAGUACUCCUCCUGACCUGCCUGUGGUGCCAACAGUGUUGAAUGUGUUGCCCUUCUAUCAUACCUACGGGUUAACUCUGAUAAUGGGUUUAUAUCUCUAUCUUGGAGCAAAGGUGGUCCUCCUGUCACGCUUUGAGCCACAGUCUUUUCUACAAGCCAUUCAAGAUUACAAGGUGACAACUCUUCCUCUGGUCCCUCCCUUGGUGCUGUUUUUGACUAAACAUUCCAUGGUAGACAAAUUUGACUUGUCUAGUCUCCAGUCUCUCUCUUCAGGGGCUGCUCCGCUCGCUCGGGACUUGGAAAUAGGUGUUGCCAAGAGGCUACCGAGUUUGGUCGCAGUUCGACAGGGUUAUGGAAUGACAGAAAUGACUAUGGCAUCUCACUCCCUGGGCGUGACCGACAAAAUAAAGACUGGGUCCGUAGGUUUAUUGCUUCCAAACAUGGAGUGCAAGGUCGUUGAUCCUGAAACUGGUAAGAUUCUUGGACCAAACCAGGACGGAGAGAUUUGUGUGAGAGGACCAAUUAUUAUGAAAGGUGUGUGUUUGUCAUAUCGUCCUCAAUCUACUCUCCCUAUCUACAAUGGCCGGUUUCAUCACGUUUGAUAUUCUUAAUCCCUUUUAAUCUUGUCAUUCUUAACUACCCUUAUUAAUUGUCG